AGGAAUGGAUCACAGAGGACAUAAACAUGUACAUCCGUACAUAUACGUUGUAAUGAAACUGUAAUGUGUUCGAUUUCUUAACCCUUCGAAUGGAGAGAGAUGAUUAAUGCGAUGAGGUUUCAAAACCAAAACAGCCGCUUCAUUGAUAUUUGACGACAGGUAGCAUACCAAAGAUAAUGUUGGUAACACCCUUUCGUGAACUGUUGUGAAGGAAACAAUGGCUAAAGCUAUGGAUCCAUACUCUUCUGAAAGUGAUUGCACGAAAGAGUUCUCCAGCUCGGAAGAAGAUUAUGAUGAACGGAUACAAGGUCGCUCACCAGAGUUAGAUAAUACCAUCGGAGGAAUUCGUCUUUUAAUUCACGACAAUUUGCUAGAAGAGGCAAAUAAGCUGACUCUGGAAACCUAUAAUCGUCUAGAGCUUUCCUAUAAGUCAGAAAAAGAUCGUGAAUUUCUUGACUAUCCUCGAUAUCUGCUACUUUGUGCAGAGUUGUUUAGAGAGGUAUCCAAUCAUGUAAUGGCCCUGGAAACCUACUACACAGUUAUUCUCCAUCAACAUGAUGACGAGUUGGACUUUCAGGAGCACAUACACAUUGCAAACAUCCUGUGGAACGAUGUUUUCUCUUCAAAUCUUCAAAUUGAGGAUAUAUCAAAGCUCGCUAAGAGGCUGCAGGUAAAGGCAGAUGUUCAUCAACAGACAACAGGAGGAGGAGAGUACAACCUAGCGUAUAUGUGUAUCCAUAGCGGGUUGCUUCUAACUUUCAAAACGUUACUGCAGAACCAUAGGGCACCUCAAUAUCUCAUGGAUGCAGAGAUGAAAUCAACCAUAGCGUUAUGGAGAUGCCGUAUAUUCCUUGGUGAUACGUCUCAAGUUAAAGAGGAAUGCAAAAGGGUGGAUAGAAUCAAUCCUGAGAAUGUGGAACUGUUAGAGAUAUGGGCUCUUGCACUGAAAAAAGAGGGGAUGCUCGAUGAGGCGCUGAAGAAGACGGAAUCAGCACUGGUGUUUGUUAAAAAUCAAAUUAAAAAACAGUCAUUGGAACGGCUAAAGAUGUCCGUAGUCGCUGCAAUUCAACAGGGAAGUAAAAUGCAAGCAAAUAUGACUCCAGACGAAGAUUGGUUGUCUGGAACAAACAUUACCACACCUUCCAAAAAUAGUAAAAGAAUAGAGGACCUGAAGAGAAUGCAUGUCAAACGUAACAGAAGCAGACCAAAAUCAAGGCUGCAACUUGUUUCAUCAUUUAUGGAAUUACCGGACUGGGCUAAUGUGAAUAUAGGAACAGAACCGAUUACAGAUCCAUUUUGGUUUAUUGACAGAAGUGGACGUAAGAAAAAGCAUAGACGCAAAACAGCACGUUUAAGGAAAACAGUUGAAACAACAGACGUGGCUCAAUCCCCUAAUUUGAAACGCGAAGAGAACAGUUCAGAAGAAAAUGAUGAUGAGUUUGAAGUAGCUGCAGAGGCAGCAUAUUCCAGAAGAUUCGAUUCAAGUUUAAAGAUUGAUGUCGAUGAGUCAGAGCAGGAGCCAUUAGUCAAAUCAUUCUUUGAUGAAAGUCUUCUAUUGCUAAACACAACGGACGAGAAGAAACAACGCGAGCAAGGUUUUCCUCUGAAUGGGGUGGAUUUAUCCAAAUCGUUUGUAGAUUCCCUUGCUCCAAGAAAUCAUAACCAAACAUGUUAUAUGGAGAACUUAUCAGUGGAAAAGUUACAGUCCUUGCUCAAAACUCAACCAAAAAUAUACAAACGAUGCACUCUUCAAAUUCAAGCUGCGCACAAUUCGGUGUGUACUGUGAUUAAACCGGAGAGAAAUUUGACAGAAAUCGAAAUCAGUGGCCGCUCUAGAUGCGGAAAAAACUUUACAGAAGACGAGGUAGUUGUGGAAGUACUCAACAAACCAAACAAUCUCCAACAUGGUAGGAAUUCUUUACCAAAAGGAACAAUUACAAACGGUCAAGUUGUUGGUAGAUUAAAAAGAAAACGAUUUUCCAACAUUGAUCAUCCAGUUUUAGUAUGUGAGCUUGAUGAACAUGAAUAUCAUCAGAUGAGACCACUCGAUAAAACAGUGCCUAAAUUAAACCUCUAUCGCAAAACGCGAAGAGAAAACCAUUUGUUUCAGGUAGAAAUUUUCAACUAUGACGAGAAAAGCAAGACAUUAAUGUUUAGAGAAAAUUUUAAGAUCAACCCUGCAAAAAAGCACAGUUAUACAUUUCUAGUUGUUUACAUACGCUGGGAUAACGUAUAUCCUCUUGGAGCUGUCAUCAAAGUUAUUGAAUCGGAUGGGAAUUUAACCAGCGGCUUAGAAAUUCUAGAGCUUCAGCAUCAGAUACCAACCACGUACAAACAAGACACCGUUCAGGAAGUCCAGCGUUCGAUACAAGAGGAAAAACAGGAAGAAACCGAACUUGGAAGGGACGAUUCAACAUCACUUUCUGCCUUCACUAUAGAUCCAGAACACUCAAAGGAUUUAGAUGAUGCACUCAGUGUUAGAAAACUACCAAAUGGGGAAGUCGAGGUCGGAAUCCAUAUAUCAGAUGUCACCAGCUACAUACAGAAAGGAGAUAGCAUAGACAGAGAGGCAAACUUCAGGGCCAGAACAUUCUAUCAAGGCCGAGGAAAGCAAGCAUACCACAUGUUACCGGAACCUCUUAGUCAACACCAAUGUAGCUUGCUACCAAAGGAACAAAGACGUUCAUUAUCGACGUUUUUCCGUUUCGAUUCAAACGGUAUUUUGGUACAGGGGUCAUCGGAAAUAAGGAAAACCAUGAUAAUGUCAAAACGCAAGUUUACAUACCAAGACGUUCAGGACAUUCUUCUUAAUGACAAAGAAUGCGACCCUUUUUCUUCAGAAAUAAAAACGUUAUUUGAAAUAUCAGAGAAACUGAGAAGCAUUCGGCUCGGUGAUUCGGCGAGAAGCAAUAACAAUGUUAGACUCUUCACGGGAAUGAAUCUUGAUUCAACAUCUGACACCCGAGAAGCACAUCAUCUUGUUGAAGAAUUCAUGAUACUUAACAACAAAACAGUCGCUGGGUUUGUGUGCUCCAGGUUUCCAAAUUGUGCAAUUCAAAGAUGUCAACAUGCCCCUUCACCUGAAAGCGUUCGACGAUGGUUAAAAAAAUACCCGUUAAUAUCAGAUUUGAUCCUUAGACUUCAAAAUACCAGUCCGUUGCCACAGCGACAGCUCAGAAUCAUAAACGCCAAGACAAAGACAGAAAAAACACCAAUCGAACUACAACUGUGGGUGUGGUCGUUUCUUGAACAAUGUGCGAAAGCAAAGGAUUUUCAAAAAGCAUGGGAGGUCAUUGGAUGCGACGACUUGCACCCAGAACAAGCCCUUGCCUGGCACGAGUGGACGUCAUUCCAAGAGGUUGCCCAUUACAAGUGUCAUGAUUCAUCGGCUGACACAGGGAAAGUAUUGCAUUUUUCCUUAGACGUAUCGAUGUACAUUCAUUUCACAUCACCUAUUCGUCGAUAUGCAGAUCUCAUAAAUCAUCGCCUCGUCCACGCUGCUCUCGAAAACCAGACAGACCCACCUUACACGAAGUUUGAAAUUGAAGAAAUUUGUGUCCAUCUGAACGAGGUAUCGAGACGAGCAAAGAAUUUUGAGAACCAAUGCAAAGCCUUACAUUAUGGUAAUUUCCUUCGGAAAAAUCCUGUAGUAUGCAAUGGUUUCAUUGACGAGGUAACUCCUGACCAAAUAUCACUAUAUUUCCCAGGAAAAAUGAGUUUUUCUCGAAAGAGUAAAUGCAUUGCUCUCAAACUACUUCAUGUGUCACGCAAACCUGAGAUGAAGAAAGACGUUCAAAGACCUCUCGACAUCAUAUCCCUGGCCUGGCAUAAACGAAUCUUUUCCCAUACAGAAGUCGGGAGAUCGAACAUAUGUCGUGGGGAGGUCCGCAUUGAUCCUCACCAGAAGACUUCUUUUCAAGAGCUUUCCCGCUGGAAAGAUGUCAUGAAGGCCUGUGUAAAUCAAAAUACAGAUGAAUUUCAGCAAAUCAUGUCUGUCAACGCCCAUUAUCAUGAAGAUGAUCAAAUGAGAGGACGUGUUCCUGCCUGCACUCAGACUGUAAAUGACAUUAGUUGCGAAGACAACAAAAACGCAUUUCCGUCGUAUUCUUGUGAUUUCACCAUGUCAUUCAGCCAUGCACAAAUUUUGUCUGUCCAGGUUGGAGCUGAUUGCAACAAAGGAAUCCUAGAACCUUCCCUACAGCUCCUGGAGCUCACAACCAAUGUGAAGCUUUGUCUGCAGCACACGAGUGAUCCUGUCAAGUAUCUGGCCAAAUAUGCAAUGAUGACUGCAGACAAAAGCAGUUUCGACAAUGUUGAAUCCUAUCUGGAAACAUGGCUGCCUUUAAUACGGAUGGAAGCUGCGACACUUGCAGUAAAGGCUGAUUCUAUCACGAUCAAUGAUGUUCCUGUCAAAUUACGUGAAGACGGUGGAUCAUUCGAUUUACCUACCGCCUUCUGUGAAGACAGGCAUAUCAAGUUCAGCAAAACAUUCAUGGAUGACAUUUUGAAUGGAGAAAACGGAGAAGAAAAAAAAGACCACUCAAAUGUAUAUCAAAGUUCAGAUUUCCUUUGCUUCAAAUGGCCGUAUGAAAUUAAUGACAUUUCCUCUUCAUUUCCGAGGGAACACCCUGAAAGAACACGUAUAUGGUUAGCUCAUGGUCAAGUUGAAAGCAUAAGAAACAUCAAGGAACCUAAUGGAAUUAACGUUCGCUUCCUGCUACAUCCGACAAGUCCUAAGCCGCCACAGCAGUUAAAAAGCAGCAGGAGCAAACCAUUAUGCAGUGUUGAAAUAAUGGUGAAUCCCGUGUCAACCAGACGACCAGAAUCAGCUCUACAGUGUCUCAAAACCGCCAGUCAGUUGGCACAAGCGAUAGCACUUGGGAGAUCGCUUACACCAUUAUAUGACGCUAGAACGACAGCGACAUUGAAAACAGAAGUCAAAGUCCCUGGCCUAAAGCCAAAUAACCCCGAGCAGGAAGAGGCUCUUCGCGCCUCGCUAUCCCAGCAGUUUACCCUCAUACAAGGGCCGCCAGGAACAGGAAAGACGUACACAGGCAUGAAGCUUAUAUACCUCUUCACACAGCUUAACAUGAAGGAGGCACAGUCGGGCAACGCCUUAAAGCAAGUUGUCUUCUGUGGUCCUUCUAACAAAUCGGUCGACCAUGUAGCUAAGUGGACACUGCGAAAAUUUGGCGUGCAGGCACCAAAGCUACUCAGGAUGUAUAGUUUGACGCAUGAAAGCUUCGAUUACCCUAUCCCAGUAAAAAUCCAUAUGGUAAGAAAAGAUCAACAACCUGACGAAGACUUGAGAGGCGUAUCCCUCCAUCACUUGAUCCGAAAGGCCGAAAAGCCGCAUGCCGAAAAGAUAAAGGAGUAUGACGCAUAUUUUCGCAAGUUUCGUGACCUGGUGUCAAUCAAAAACUCCGACCAAGCAAAAGAAUUCAAGGAGAAAAUGAAGGAAUUCAAAAGUCUUAAGCACCAGGCUGAACUAGAAGAAAUUCGACACUAUAACGUGAUUUUCUGUACAACUGCGAUGACAACAAAUCCGACGUUCAUCUGUGCAACGAAAAACAGUAUAGGACAAUGCAUCAUUGAAGAAUGCGGAAUGUGCACUGAACCGGAAAGUAUGGCUGCAAUCAUUGCUACUCAAGCGAAACAGGUGGUUCUGAUAGGUGACCACAAACAACUCAGACCAGUGGUCAUGUCUCAACACGCUGCACGACUUGGCCUAGAGAAAUCCCUCUUCGAGCGAUAUGCAGAUAAAGCAAUAUUUCUAAAGACACAGUAUCGAAUGAAUCCAUCAAUUUGCGAGUUUGUGUCGUCCCAGUUUUACUGUGGAAAGUUGGAGACUGCAUGGUCAACAGCAUGGGAAGAACAAAACCCACUCCGUUUAUGGAAAGACCCAAAUUAUCCGUACCUAUUUUGCCAUGUAGAGGGAGAGGAAGAAUACCUUUCUGUUUCUACAGAAGAAGGGAACGAAAAAUCAUGCAGCAAUCAGGAGGAAGUUCGAGAAGUCGUCAACUAUUUUCGUUGCAUGGUCAAAAGGGAUCGAGUGUCCCCGAAGAAUAUCAACAUCAUGUCCCAGUACAGAGCACAGUGUUUCGCUAUCAAAGAAUCUCUUGAGGAAAACAGAUUAUCAAACUUCAAUGUCAACACUGUAGUUUCAAGUCAAGGUGGAGAAUGGGACUACGUCAUAUUCAGCACUACAAGAUCUUUACCAGACUACAAGAUUGAACCUAAUCCAACUAUUGGCUGGUGCAAAGAAAAUCUUGGCUUCAUCACUGAUGGGCACCAGAUAAACGUGGCACUGUCCAGGGCUCGCAAAGGCCUCGUCAUUAUAGGAAACAAACACCUUCUAAGAGCUGACAAAGUAUGGGAACAACUUCUUGAACACUAUGAACGAAAUGGAUGUGUUGUUUCCAGCAGGGAUUUCCUACCACGUAGACCCAAACGCAAUUUUCGACACUGAGAACUAUCGUAGAACAUGUGCGUUGCAUGCAUAAUUUAAAACCGAAUCAUUAACGAAGUUAACAUAAUCUUUCCACAAGUUAUCUAGUUGCCGGGUUGAUUCCCGUAUGGAACAUUUCUAGAACUUGGACGUCAGGAUUUCAAUGAUGAAAGAGGAUGUUUACCAGCUUUGUUUAUUUCAUUAUUUCAGUUAUUCAUUGUUUUGAACAUUACACAUGGUUAUCAAAUGUGCGUUACAUGUAUAUACUUUCAUACAUACUUUCAAUUUCAAAUGCAAUGCAUACUUCUUAAACGCCUGAUACUAAUUUAUGUAAUUCCAUGUUUUAAUAUAAUUGAAACAGCAUUCCUCAAAAUGACAUAGAUUGAUAAAUUCCGUGCCAAUAUAGCCCAUCAUACUUGAUGGUAAUUUGUCAUUUUGACUUUUCCACACAUAUUUUGCACUGAUGGAUAUGAUAAAAGUGUUUUCUAAAAUUGUAUAUUUUUUUGCAAUUAAGUAAAAUGGUAACUCUGCCUAAAGAUCCCCGUCCCAUUGCACUGUGGGUUUUUUUUCUGUAUUCAGUCACCUCCCCUAACUUCCGUUUAAAUAUAACUGUAGCACAGUUCGGCUAGGACACUUCCGUAGACCAGGUAGCUCAAUCGAUUAGAGCGGGAGUAUAACAAUCUUAUGUCCAGGGUUCGAAUUACUGUCUAGCUGCUCCGCUUUAUUUCUUUUUUUCUUUUUUUUUCUUUAUCAAUUCCAAUAAAAGCACCUAGAGGUAAGCUUUUCUUUUUUCAGAAUUUCCAAAACUAUAGGCAAGUCGGGAAAGGCAGUUUCUAAUUCUAGUUACAAUUUUUGUCAGUGGUACGAGGAUCCGUAAAACUUAUCAAUUCAAAAAUAUGCAAAUAAGUUUCACAUUUUAUUUUGUUAUUGAAAAUGAUUUUAGCGUAUUGACCCUAGUCAUUGAGACGAUAUAAUCAAAAAGUCUAAGUUUGUUUAAUUCAUACCAGUCAGGUAUAUUCAUCUAGAAUUAUCACCGAAACCCCAACUUUCAUUCCGUUUUAUAAGAUAACAAUCGUUUUAUAAAACAUGUGCUUAAAGAUAUCAUACUUAACACAGACUUCAAAAACAAUGAUACUAUUUGAUUUGAAUAUGAAAACUGUUUCUACAUUAUUCAAAAGUAUGCACCGCAUCACUUUCAGUUCAAUAAACGUACAUAUUAAUCUAAGAGAAAAAUAUACAAAUAUAGGAUAGCACAUUAGUUUAUAUUUCAAAUGAGAUUUUUAACACGCAUUUUUUGUUCUUCGAUUCUUGUCCUCUUUGGGACGCCUUAAUACUAUAAAUACGUCUGUUAAAUCAUUUCAUCAUCAUUGUGUGACGUCUGAAGUAUGCUACAUGAGUAUAUACGCAAAAUAUAUAUUAUAUAUGUAUGUUGUUUAAAUUAUGAGUUUUGAGAUGGUAAAUCUAAGUGAUAAUAAAGAAAUUGAAUAUUCUGAAUUUAUCAUCUCCUAACCUCAUCAAAAUUGAGAGUUAUUUCAUAAACUUAUCAUUUAUAUUUUUAUGAAAAAUAUAUACCAAUCAGUAAAAAGAUAGUUGAUCUUCUGUAGUCACACGAUAUCACUAUGUUUACAACAUUGGACCACUUUGCGGCAUUAACUGCCGUAAAGUGUCAUCCGGGUCUUUGCCAAUAGUGACGAUAGGUAUGUUGUAUUAAAGAACAUGUCCUGUGUGGAACGCACAUUCAAAAACGAAAGUAACUGUGCGCCUAGCCAAGAACUUUUUUUUGUGAUAUAUAAAUACAUAUCAUAUACCAUAUAGAUCAGAAAUGAAAACCUUAUAAUAGUAACUUUUCAUCUUUUUUUUAUUUUAUUUUUUUCAAAAAUGAUAGAUCUGGAAAGAAUAACUAUAACUCAUCAUUGCAAUCUACUUUUAUCGUCUGAGUGACUUUUUAUCUGUCAUAUCACACAUUCAUGUUUAUUAUAAAAGUAGGUAUAUGUUUGGAUGUGUAUAAGCUUAUAACAACGUAUCAUAAUUUUACGUACUAUUUUCAUAUACCAAAUUUUAUAUAUAACUAUUUAUUAAAAUUGUCUUUUUUGCAUAAACUAACUAUUAUAU